AUGUCUCCUACCCCGCAAAAGCCUCCAGGAUCUACUCUUAGAGCUCCUUCCUCACUUUUUGCCUCUUCUUCACCGGCUUCUUCCUCGCCUCUAUCUUCUUCCACCUCUUCCUCUCUUUCUUCCUCUUCUGCCUCUUGUUCCUCUUCUUCGUCCUCGGCUUCCUUCUCUCUUGCGAGUGUUGAAAACGUGGUCUGUUUAGCUGAAAAGGCUGCAGAAGAGGCAGAAGUUGAGGCGGCGAAGGCGCGAGAAGUGGCGAGAGAAGCGAUAGAAGCAUCGCGGAGAGGCAGCGUGGCUGCGCGCUUUGCGUCCGACCAAGAUUCAAAAACAGAAACAAUCGUCAGGGAAACAGAUCGCGUCGUCGCGGAGACAGAGAAGGUGGUUGAGAAAGCAGACGCAGCUGCGCAUGCAGCAGAGGUCGAGGCAGCUGCGGCGGAGAGGAUUGCGGGAGAAAUCGAAGAGAACGUGUCAGCCCGGCGAGAGUCUCUCGGCUCGAACCUUCCCCCUCUCCCUCAUUUCCAGGGCGAACACCUGCGCCAGGGGAUGCCGGGGAAGUAG